AUGCCAUUGCCCCCUACAAGACUGCCCAGCCCCUAUAGCUCUGAUCGGCUGGUACGGCUAGCAGCCAGGCUCCGGCCAGCUCUAUGUGAUACACUGAUUACUGUAGGGAGCCAGGAGUUCCCUGUCCACAGCCUGGUGCUAGCAGGUGUGAGCCCCCGGCUGGGCCGCAGGGGCCGAUGGGCUCUGGUAGAAGGCAUUAGCCCUUCCACCUUUGCCCAGCUUCUGUACUUUGUUUAUGGGGAGAGUGUAGAACUGCAGCCCGGGGAGCUGGGGCCCCUUGAGGAGGCAGCCAGGGCCUUGGGGGUGCAGGCCUUGGAAGAGGCAUGCAAGAGGGCUCGAAGGGACAGGCCUAAAGAAGAGCUGGAUCCAGGGCUGAAGAAACAUCAGGAAGAGCCAGAGAAAUCCAUGAGGGAUUCUGAGAGAGAACUGGGACUUGGAGAGAAGCGACAACCAGAGAAGUUUUUUAGAACUGAUGGAAGAGAACACGAGAUGUUGCACAAGUACAAGCCACCAAGAGAGAGCACUGAGAUGGCAGGGGCAAUGCAGGAAGGCCAGGAGAAGCAGAUGAAAUCAAAGAAGGAGAAACUCAGCCAAUCCCCUGUUGGUCACAGGGGAGCAGAUGGGAAGCAAGGAGUGGUCAUGUGGGUGAGGGGGAGUCCAGCGGGCUCUGAGGAAAGUCUGCGGGAGUUCCCUGGCCCCAUUCCCCCACCAGGUUCCCUCCAAACCAGCAUCAUCCCCAGGCCCUGGUGGGCUGAGGCCCCUCAGUUGGGGGAGGGCCAGCCUGCCCUGUGGAGCAUCCUGCUGUUGCCGCCCAGAUAUGGCACUCCUUUCUCCCAUAGCACCCCCAUCACUGGAGCCUGGCAGGAGGUCUGGCCUCGGGAUCAGAGGAUCCCACUGUCCUUAAACCCCCACAAAGGACUCUGGAGCCAGAACCAGCUUGCUUCCUCCAACUCCACCCCAGGUGGGCUUGCAACCUGUGUGGGUGAUGAGGGCACAACAGGCCACCCAUCUCGGCAACACCCUCCUGCUCGGUCUCGGCCCUAUUCUUGUUCUGUCUGUGGAAAGAGGUUUUCACUCAAGCAUCAGAUGGAGACACACUACCGAGUCCACACAGGAGAGAAGCCCUUCUCCUGUAGCCUCUGUCCUCAACGCUCCCGGGACUUCUCAGCCAUGACCAAGCACCUGCGGACGCAUGGGGCCGCUCCCUACCGCUGCCCUCUAUGCGGGGUCGGCUGCUCCAGCCUGGCUUCCAUGCAGGUCCACAUGCGCGGCCACUCACCCAGCCAGCUCCCGCCCGGAUGGACCAUUCGCUCUACCUUCCUGUACUCCUCCUCCUCCUCGAGGCCGUCCCAGCCCUCAACCUCUCCCUGUAGACCCUCUUCCUCCACCACCUGACGGGGUGUCGGUAGCUUCUUUGGCCUCAGCCAAGAGUCCAAUUAAAGAAUGAAAGGCGGGCCUGCUCGGCUUCUGACCUGGCACCGCUGCUACGGUGGCCUAGAAAAUUCUGCCCCAGAAGCACCUCUGGAAGGGCACCGAGAGCUCUCUCCCAGAUGUCCGCGGGUCGCAGAAGUCUGGGUCAGUGAGCAGAGGUGGGCGAGGGGACUGAGGUUUGCACGAGUGAAGGUUAACUGUAUACGGGGGCUGUCAAUUGCAUAAUCAGAAUAAAGAGUUUCCUGUGCUCUCCUCUCAGGACAAGAAA